CAGUUGGGUUAUUUUUGAUUUUCUAAAAAUUUUAAAAAGAAAUGAUGUUCACAAUUAUAUUGCUGUCUAUCUGCAUACAUUAUAUAGAUUCCAUAUCUGUGAGGAAAGACAACGAUAUUACAACAGUCGAGUUUAAGAAUGGCAUUAGUGAAGGAUGGUCUAUUACAGAAAAUUUUACACCGAGCUCACCAAUACCUGCAAAGAAAGAAAUAGAACUUCUGAGACAAACUGCCCGUAAUCUGUCAGUGGAAUUGCAGACCUUGGAGGAUACAUAUGAGAAAGAUAAAACAGCUCCUGUUAUGUUCUAUGCUGUCAUUAGGAACAAGGCAUUUACCUAUAACGUCGACACAAUAAUAGUGUUUGAGACGACAAUCGUUAACGAAGGUGACCAUUACAACAACCUUGACGGAGUGUUUGUAGCACCUCAGAAAGGAACUUAUCUCUUUGCCUGGACUGUAACUGGUAGUAGUAGUAAUUAUAUUAUGACUGAACUAGUGGUGGAAAAUAAUGUAAUCAUCGGAACUGGAGAGCGUAACGUUUCAGGAGGGCAUCCAUCUGGAGCUAUGACAUCUUUAUGUAAAAUGGAAAAAGGAGAUCAUGCCUGGAUAAGGACAACCGGGGUGACAAGAAGUCAUUAUCUUUAUAGUUAUGAUAAUUAUCCACAAUCAGGAUUCCUUGGGCUAUUGGUUCUUCAAGAAUAACAUAAAGUCAAUUUAUUUAAUCAAAUAUUGUUUUCUUUAUAACAGUAUUGUAUAAACCAUUGUAAUAAUUAAAAAAAUCUGUAUCA